CCGAUGAAGAAAAGGAAGAUGUGUGGUUGAGCAAGGCGGCCCAAGCGCUGGUGCCUGAACACACUCAGGUCGGUUGAAGGGGCAGGACAGCAACACAGCCCCGUUUUCUGUUCUGCCAUAUUUGGCUCCCUGUUUAUUUAGAGCCUCAACAGACACAACUUCUCUCAUCAAAUCAUUGCCGUCAUGUCACCAGUACCAGUCGGAAGCCUCUGUCAGUACUGCAAGGGCAUCAAUGUGGAAACUAUCAGCCAACCUGGUGGACAUGCACAUGCCCAUAGUCUGGCAGUUAUUCAGCAGAGCGUCCAACAAGGCUGCGCGCUUUGUGGUUGGUUCGUAACACUCACUUGGAGCAAAGAAAUCAACAACGAAAUGCGCGAAGUUGAACCGCCUACUUCUGCAGGAAGACAGUCCACAGAUCGCUUCCAUGUGCGACCCGUUGGGCCCGGAUAUCUUGGUCAAAGUCACAUUUGUUUGACCGACGAGACAGGGGAGUAUCAAACCACAGGCCUCGAGGUGUGUCGUCUUGAGGGUGACUUAGCUCCUGAUGACUGUCCAAUUCCAGUCUGCAGAGCCCUGUCAGAAACUGCCUCACCAGAAACACAAGAAACAGCUCUGUCUUGGUUGAAGCAGUGUGAAGUCGAACAUGACUGCAACAACUUGUCGAUACCUGGGCCCAACAACACCUAUGUUUUGCCCGGUCGAUUGGUAGACCUGCGGUCGUUCACACCCACGACUCCGAUCAUACGAUUGGUGGAAACUUUUGCUCUUCCUGGAAAUAUUACCAACACGCCUGGCUUCUACAGCACACUCAGCUACUGCUGGGGCAUCUCUCCCUUCUACAACACCACAUCAGCCAACCUCACCUCCUCACUCACCCAGAUCCCCUUCAACAUCCUUCCUCAAACCUUCAAGGACGCGUUUUUGAUCACCACGCAACUUGGCACUCCCUUCAUCUGGAUCGACGCCCUCUGUAUCAUCCAAAACUCUCUGCAUGACUGGGAGAUUGAGUCGGCCAAGAUGCCCUACAUUUACUCCCUUUCCAGGUUCUGCAUCGCUGCUGAUGCCACUGCCGUCGCUGAAGGCGGCUGCUUCAACAGCCACAACCACUCCCCUCAGCAUCCCCGUCGAAAGGAAGCCGCACCUCUGAUUAUCCCAUCCAUACUUGCAUCUACCUCGCAAAUCAGUCGUCUGUAUAUCUACCCCCGGCAUCACCAUUCCACCAACUCCCAAGCCCCCAUUUCCGACGCCCCCAUCUCCACCAGAGGUUGGUGCUUCCAAGAGCGAUUCCUUUCCCCUAGAACACUCCAUUACACCUCGGAGCAACUCUACUGGGAAUGCCGCCAGGACUUCAAGUCUGAGGACCUCAUCAACAAUACCCAAGGCCAGCCAUGGGGCACCAUGCCGGGCGCGCUUGCCCAACUAUACGACCCUACGUUUCGCCCCGAGCACGUCGUGAGAACGUGGUACAAGUCUAUCGUGGCGCCUUACAGCCGGAGGAGUCUGACGAAAGAAACUGAUCGACUCCCUGCCAUUGGAGGGGUGGCCAGGGUGUACGCUCACCUGCUCUCCCAAGCGGAGAAGCGGAUCAGGAACGCGGAGACACAAACCUGGGUUGAGGGGUGGGUGGAGCGUCUGAAGGUGAAGCAAUAUGAUCUGGUCGAGAAUAGCACGUACAUUGCCGGGAUAUGGGGGCAUGGGCGGAAGAGGACCAACACGUUUAGCUGGGUAUCUGUUGAUGGGCCGGUGGAGCAUUUCUAUGGAUAUAUUGAGGCGACCAGGCUGGUGAAGUGGAAUGUGCCGCUACUGAACCCUCUUGAUCCCUUUGGUGGAGUGGGCGAGUGCGAGAUCACGUUGGAGGGGAACGUUAUCGAGGGGAAACUGGGGUAUUAUCAUCAUGGUGAUGCUAAUGCAGGAGAGUGGCGGGUGUUUGUUGAUAUACCACCGGACGGCGAGCUUGACCAUGGGACAGUGGACAUCGGUAGCGUGGACAUUGACGAAGAAACAGAUGAGUUGGCUGACGUCAAAGCUUCCAAUGGGUUGGUAGUCCGGGAUGUUUGGAUCCUAGCAACCUCUAUGCGCAACACACUAGACGUUUAUGCUCUAGUUCUUGUACAAACUGUGGAAGACGAUGGCAAGGUCAGAUACCAGAGGUUGGGACUUCUGUGGAUCAAGUCUCCGGGCCGGAUGCCAGUGGCUGGCCGAGCUCCGAGACAUACAUAUAGAGGGGUGACUUGCCGGAAUACCUGUCCGCUGUGCUCUUCCAUGGUCGACUCUCACGGGAAAGAGUUUCACUACAAGACGCUGGCGUUGUUGCAAAUGAACCGUGACGAGGCUUUUCAGCAGAUUGUCAUUGUGUAG